AUGCAGAUUACAGACGGCCAAUCCAAUGUCAUGUGAUGGGGCAUACAUGAUUGAGGAGCAAAGAUUGUCACUCAGCACCAUCAUCGUUCAUCCGAGUACAAGCACAUGCAAGGUUGACAAGAGGGAUCAUGCAGAAACUAAAGAACCUCGACCAUUCGGAUGAAGGGAAUGGAGCUCAUAAUGCCCGAGUUUAGAUCAUGACCUGACUUUGGUUCCAACACUCAAGCAUUUACUUUAAGAUAUCUGGAGAUAAGUCCAUCACAUGAGAAAGUGAUGUGAUUAGUCAUCAACAAAAGCCUUUGUGUGCUCUACUUAAUAUUACCUUUGAUUAAAUGCGAUGGGAUUUGUAUUCAUGUGAAAAAUAUCUACAACUGAAACAUCAUAACAAUGUUAUGAAUCUAAACCUACGAGCAGAUUCGUCUAUGUAGCAUGUGUGCAUUUAUCCAUUUAUGUGUAUGUGUUACAUAUUUGCGGUAUAUAUUGCAUUUUAAUGCCUGCUGUAUUUUUACAGUGUUCAUGCAUGUUUGCCCGUGCGAGCAUGACAAAUGAUUAUUAUAUAAAUGCAUACAUGUGUGCAGGCUGCAUGUCCAUCCACCAAUGCACAUGUUCAUGCCAAUGUGCCCAUGCAUACAGUUCAAGCAUAUUCUACUGCAUCCACAUGUCCAUGUGUGAGGAUGAGCAUGACUUGUGCAUGAUUAUACAUGCUUGAGCGUGAUGUGAUACUGUGGCAUGCUUCCUGACAGAACACCCUGCCUUUGCCGUAUACAAUGCGGAUGCAGCGACAACCAAAAGAAAAGUCAUACCGUCGAUGAUGCCAUGUUCUUUUAUUUUCUUUUAUUUGUUAGUUUGGUAUCAUUUCAUUUUCUGGUUAUGCACAUAGCUCCACUGAACCGAUGGUUUGCAGCUUGAUAGAUCAUUGCCAUCAGAUAGCAAUGAGGCCCACAAUUUGAUAGGGAGGUUGGGGCCGACUGAGCAAAUUUGCACGGGGAAAAAGGUAAGGGUCCCACUAUCCGGUCAUCCUUUUAUGUUGAUCAGCGGCUGUGCAAGGACAUUCUGGUGCAUAUGCCACACUAUAUCAGGAGAUACAUGCAUGGAAGAUUAACAAAACAUAAGAAAAUGGAUAUCACUUUAAAAUAAUCCAAGCCAAGUCACGACAAUGCAGGUAAAUGCAUGGCAUCUCUUGGAAGGAGGACAAAACAAAGAGAACCAUUUCGACCGAAGCCCAGAAAACGACCCUCAGACUUUAAUUUUUAUAUUUUUAAAAAAGGUUCUUCUCUACGUUGAAAGCUCCACAUUAACAACACACAUUAGCGUUUUCAUUAACCUUUACUUGACAAUAUCCUCCUUUAAUAAAAAUUCAGCUUUAGAAACAGAGAAAAAGCAACCCCCAACAAUGGCAAUCUCUCUCCCUUCUUUUGAAGCUCUCUCUUUCAUGCUUCUCUUCUUCCACACCUCCUGUACUACAGCUCAAACAACACCCACCAAUGUUACGGAUUUUUCAUGCCCAUCCGAAUCCAUUGGCUCAUGUGACACUUAUGUCGUAUACCGUGCCCAGCUGCCAGAGUUCUUGGAUCUCGGGCAUGUUUCUGAUCUGUUCGGGGUCAGUCAACUGUCGAUAACGAGAGCUAGUAAUCUGGUCUCCGAAGAAGUUAAGCUUAUUCCUGACCAGCUCUUACUAGUUCCGAUAUCAUGUGGUUGCACUGGAAAUCAGUCCUUUGCCAACAUCACUUAUCAGAUCAAGAGCGGCGACAGCUUCUACCUUGUUUCAAUCCAUGCGUUUGAGAACCUCACCGAUUAUCAUGUGGUGGAAGCUGUGAAUCCGACGCUGAAUCCUAACGAGUUGCAGGUUGGCGACGAAGUGGUAUUUCCAAUAUACUGUAAGUGUCCCACAAAAACCCAACUGGAGAAAGGCCUGAAAUUCCUCAUUACUUACGUAUGGCAAGCAGGCGAUGAGGUUUUGGAAUUGAGUGAUAAGCUAAAAGCAUUGGUUGCUGAUGUUGAAGCCGAAAAUAACUACCGGAAUUUCAGUGCUGCUGUGUAUCUUCCGGUGCUGGUUCCGGUUUCAGAACUACCGAUCCUAUCUCAACCUCCUUAUAUCGCUCCGGUUGUUCAAAAGAAGCACGAGUCCACAUCCCACCGAGACCUAGUGAUUAUUAUCUGCGCUGUGGGAGCUCUUUCGAUUUUAUGGUCUUUGUUGGGCUUUAUUUACUGGAAAUGCUGCCGAACGAAGGCUGUCGAUCUCAAGGAGUCCCAAUUAGUCGAUCUCAAGGAAUCCCGAUUAGAGACGAUCAAUCUGAUUCAGUUGAAGAAAGGUAGCAAAGAUGAAGUUUCAAGUCCUAGGACAGGACAGGAUAAGCUACUAUCUGGAGUUUCUGUCUAUUUAGGCAAGCUGACCAUCUACGAGACUAAAACGAUCAUGGAAGCAACAAUGAAUCUCAAUGAGAGGUACAGGAUCGGGGGAUCGGUCUAUCGGGCAUCAAUCAAAGGGGAGUUCUUUGCUGUAAAGCAGGCCAAAGAAAAUUUUAGAGAGGAGUUGAAGAUAUUGCAGAAAGUAAACCAUGCGAAUCUUGUGAAGCUGACGGGUGUUUCAACUGAGACGGACGGGACCUGCUUCUUGGUUUAUGAAUUUGCUGAAAAUGGGUCGUUGGAUAAAUGGUUGUACCCAAAAUCUUUGCCUUCCUCAAGUUCAAGCUCUUCAAGUUUCCUUUCUUGGCGACAGAGAUUGAAUAUAGCAUUGGAUGUUGCAAAUGGACUUCAAUACAUGCACGAACAUACAAGACCGAGCGUUGUUCACAGGGACAUCAGGACUAGCAAUAUCCUCCUCAACUCUCGAUUCAAGGCCAAGAUCGCAAAUUUUUCCAUGGCCAGACCCUCCGCAGAUGCUAUGAUGCUGAAAGUAGAUGUUUAUUCCUUUGGAAUUUUCUUGUUAGAGUUGCUUUCAGGGAGGAAAGCCAUGGAAACAAGGGAAGAUGGUGAGAUAGUGAUGUCGUGGAGGGAAAUACGGGUGAUAUUAGAAUGCGGAGAGAAGAAAGAGGAUAGGUUACAGAAAUGGAUGGACCCGAGCUUGGAGAGAUUUUAUCCAAUCGAUGGUGCACUGAGCUUGGCUGCCACAGCAAGGUCUUGCACAUUGGAUAAGCCAUCCGCAAGGCCGAGUAUGGGAGAGAUUGUUUUUGGUCUUUCAGUUCUCACUCAGUCGAUCACAGAGGCAUUCAAAAGUUCUUGGAUGUCUGGCCAAGAAGUGGAGGAAAGCAUUGAAAUCAUCAGCCCAAUCAAAGCCCGCUGAUUUUGUGGAGCGGUAUGGAGAGAUCGACUGUUGCAGUUCUCAUGCUCAUAAUGGGUGGAAGCAACCUAUGUUUAUGACUUAAAUAUAUGAACUUGAUGUGGGUAACCUGAAAAUGAUUAGCUGCAACGACAAUGAAUCUCAGAGCUCUUGGUGGUGGCGUUCUACCAAUGAAUGCAAAUCAAUGUCUGUGAUCAAUGAUGGAACAAGCAAAAGUUUCAUCUUUCCUUCACCAGGAAUGGUGAAACUUCUCUAUCAUCAUUGAAUAGAUGUUCGAUUGAGAUUCUUGGU